AUGUCUACCGCAUCCAAAGUGACUCUGCUAGGCACCAUCCUGGGCACUGCCGGCAUUGUCGCCUUCGUCCACUGGGCGCAGACUGCCGAACAAGCUGCCAUGCAUGCCGGAGUUAUUCGAGACGUUGAGCAGCAACGACUCAAACGAGAACGGCAAGCCGAUUUCGAAAUGCAGAGGCGGCUCGAGGAGGAAUAUAAAAAAGUUCAGUCGGUACACGACAGUACUCAAGAAGCUUGA